AUGGCCAAGAUCACCGUCACUCUCGACUCCGCGGAUAUCGACCCGCUUGAUACUGGCGCUCGCCGACAGUACAUGAAUGUUUUCUUCGCGAGCACUCCGAUCUCGAUCAGUGUCAUCCAGGAAGCCUACACCAAGGCAAUCGAGCUCCAGAGCAAGCAUCUUGCGGAGCGGGGGCUCCGUGAAGUCAGCACGGUCUACUUUGAGUACUGUGUUGAUAUGACUCAAUGGAACCUCAUCACGAACCUUCUCAUGAUCACCAUGAACAAUCCUUGGCCAUGGACCGUCUCGAUCGAUGAGAGAGUCCUUUCACAGGGCGCCUCCCCUAUUUUCAGGGACUGGUGCCAGUCUCGAGGACUUGAUGGAGAGACUCAAGAGAGCAUCAGCAAUGGCCAACCCCAGGUCACUCCCCGGUCGCAACAAGCUUUCGUCCCUCAAACAUUUGCUGAGGCUCAGCAGAUGGCCCUCGAAGCACGCGAAAGAGCCAACAGGGUCGAACUUGAGGCCUUGCGUUUUGAGCGCAUCGUCAGACAUUGGCCUGUCGACUCAUUGCCCCGCGACACCCACAGUGACCAGCUUCAGACUUCUGGUGCACCAGCCUCGUCAUCUGGUGACCAUAUUCGCGCGGAUAGCCCUCGUGAGCUCCAAGACGCCGCCGCUGAUCUGCUCCCUCCUCUCGACCCAGGUGCAAGUCGUGCUGUCCUCUUGUCUGAUGAGAUGAUGCUCCAGGAUACGGAGGUUUGCAGAGCAAUCCUUCGCAGACUGUAG